AUGGCCCGCUGGGCUGGUCCUGCAGCUACAGCCACACCAGCAAGCAAUGGGACAGGUUGUCUCCAAGACAACUGGCCUCCUGAGCUGGCAGAUGGAGCCAGGGACCAUUAUAGUCCCCCUGUCAUCCAGGAGGAAGCAGUAAGGGAGCUGCUGAGACACUUCGAUCCUCACAAGUCCAUGGAACUAGAUGGGAUCAAUGCUAGGGUGCUGAGAGAGCUGGCAGAUGAGCUGGCCAAGCCACUCUCCGUCAUUGGUCAACAGUCCUGGCUCACUGGAGAGGUCCCCAAAGACUGGAAGCUGGCCAAUGUGAUGCCCAUCCACAAGAAGGGCCAGAAGGAGGAACUGGGUAAUUACAGACCUGUCAUCCUGACCUCAGUGCCAGGCAAAGUCAUGGGGCAGGUUGUCUUGAGUGUGAUCACAAAGCAUCUAAAGGAUGGUCAAGGGAUCAGACCCAGCCAGCAUAGGUUUAGGAAGGGCAGGUCCUGCCUGACCAACUUGAUCUCCUCUUAUGAUCAGAUUACCCGCCUGGUGAAUGUGGGGAAGACUGUGGAUGUAGUCUACCUGGACAUCAGCAAAUCCGUUGACACCAUCUGCCACAACAAGCUCCUGGCAAAGCUGGCAGCUUGUGGCUUGGAGAGAUUCACUCUGAAAUGGGCCAAGAACUGGCUGGAGGGCCAUGCCCAGAGAGUGAUGAUGAAUGUUUGGAGACGAGAAAGAUGCAGGAACAAACAGGCUGUAAGUGAGGUUUUUACCUUUUCCAGAGGCAAGAGCAGGGAGUUAGGGGUUAAAGAAACAGUCUGCGACCGAAGUGGGGGAGGGAAGGCCACAACACCAGGCAGACAGACUGCUCGCAGAGCAGCGAAAUGUCCUGCCUCGGAACCUUUGAAAGGAGGAAAAAUUGUUGGACAUGGCCCGUAUCCCACUGACCCUGAAGCACGGAGGCAGGAAAUAAUCUGGUUCCCAUUUGUACCGAAUAGAACAGAGGAAAGUAAAGGCAGAGGCAAUGGAACCCCUGCAGAAGUGCAGUCACAAAGGGCUGCUGCGGUGGUGCCAGAUCUGGCUGCAGACCGUGUGGGCUAUGGCAAAGUCCCUUGGACAGAUAAAGUCGAGGAACUGGUUUGUGGAAAAUGCAGCUUGAAUGUUUUGAUCUUGUCCCAGGAGAAGUUCAAGGAGGUUGCUAGGUCUUGUAGAGGAAAAAUUAGAGAGGCAAAAGCCCACUUGGAGCUCAGGCUGGCCACAGCUGCCAAGGAAAAUAAAAAGUGUUUCUUUAAAUAUAUGAAUAGCAAGAGAAGGGCCAAGGACAACCUCCAGUCCUUGUUAGAUAGAGAGGGGAAUAGAGUGACAAAGGAUGAGGAAAAGGCAGAGGUGCUUAACACCUUCUUUGCCUCAAUCUUCACUAGUGGGACAGGUUGUCUCCAGGACAGCUGGACUCCUGAAGUGGUGGAUGGAGUCAGGGACCAGUACAGUCCCCCUCUAAUCCAUGAGGAAGCAGUAAGGGAUCUGCUAAGUCACUUGGAUCCUCACAAGUCCAUGGGACCGGAUGGGAUCCACCCUAGGGUGCUGAGAGAGCUGGCAGCUGAGCUGGCCAAGCCACUCUCCAUCAUUUAUCAGCAGUCCUGGCUCACUGGAGAGGUCCCUGAAGACUGGAAGCUGGCCAAUGUGAUUCCCAUACACAAGAAGGGUCGUAAGGAGGAGCCAGAAAACUACAGACCUGUGAGCCUGACCUCAGUGCCAGGCAAGGUCAUGGAACAGGUCAUCUUGGGUGCCAUCACAAAGCACCUACAGGAUAGCCAAGGGAUCAGGCCCAGCCAGCAUGGGUUUAGGAAGGGCAGGUCCUGCCUCACCAACCUGAUCUCCUUUUAUGAUCAGGUUACCCGCCUGGUGAAUGUGGGGAAGGCUGUGGAUGUAGUCUACUUGGACUUCAGCAAAGCCUUUGACACUGUCUGCCACAAGAAGCUCCUAGCCAAGCUGGCAGCUCAUGGUUUGGACAGAUUCACUCUGUGCUGGAUCAAGAACUGGCUGGAUGGCAGAGCUCAGAGAGUGGUGGUGAAUGGUGCCACGUCCAGUUGGCAGCCAGUCACAAGUGGUGUUCCCCAAGGAUCAGUGCUGGGCCCAGUCCUGUUCAAUAUCUUUAUUGAUGAUCUGGACGAGGGCAUUGAGUCCAGCAUCAGUAAGUUUGCAGAUGACACCAAGCUAGGAGCAGGUGUUGAUCUGUUGGAAGGUAGGAGAGCCCUGCAGAGGGACCUGGACAGGCUGGAUGGGUGGGCAGAGGCCAAUGAGAUGAGAUUUAACAAGGCCAAGUGCAGGGUUCUGCACUUUGGCCACAAUAACCCCAAGCAGCGCUAUAGGCUGGGGACUGAGUGGCUGGAGAGCAGCCAGGAGGAAAGGGACCUGGGGGUACUGAUAGAUAGUAAGCUGAAGAUGAGCCAGCAGUGUGCCCAGGUGGCCAAGAGAGCCAAUGGCAUCCUGGCCUGCAUCAGGAAUAGUGUGGCCAGCAGGACAAGGGAGGUUAUUCUUCCCCUGUACUCAGCACUGUUCAGAGAAGUCUUACAGUAUUAUGAAUUUAAGGCGCGUUGUCCAAGCCUCCACGGGUCCGGGCCGAGCUGGACGCUGGCUUCCGAGGCUGACGAGGAUCGGGGCACUGCCAAGUUCCAUGCCGUCCCGAGCCGGCUGUAA